UUUUUUUUUUUUUCCUUUCUUUCACAUGUGUGGUGGGCAGGCAUGGAGCAGUUCGAACAACUGCUAACGUGCGCGAUAUGCCUGGACCGGUACAGGAACCCCAAGUUAUUGCCAUGUCAGCACAGCUUCUGCAUGGAACCGUGUAUGGAUGGCCUCGUUGACUACGUGCGCCGACAGGUGAAAUGUCCAGAAUGCCGUGCGGAACAUCGUAUACCCUACCAGGUGAGGAGAUAUUAUUGAAUUGGAUCCCUCUCUUUUUUCCAAUUUCUUUCCCUUUUCGUCGUUUUA